UAGAAUAAAUAGAAAACAGUAGCAGGAAUGUAAAACAAAAAAGAAUAGAAAAUGAAUAAAGCCUAUUGUGCCACUGGGCCAUAAGUGGCCUCAGCACACAAGGCCCAGCCCACCAAGAGCCAUCCACCUCCCUGUUCACAGCAGGAGGUCGUGGCACACAUCCGACCACCAUGGCCGCGGUUGUGGAUGCGUGUUGGACAUCCUGCGGCUUACCCCGGCGCCUACUUGACGCCCCGAGCUCCCCUCUCUCUCCCUGGUAACCCUAGUCCCCCAAAUCCCCUCUCCUCACUCAUAUCCGACGACCUGGAAGAGGCCAAACUCGCGGUCGUCGUCAUCGUCGUCGAUCCCGCGGCCACCGGCCUCCACUCGUCGCGCCAAGACGUCGAGGAGCUCCGCCAUCGUCGUCUCCGUCGCCCUCGCCUUUCGGUUGGAGCUCGGACGGACUGCUGCCUCGCCAUCGCGCGGUCUUCUCCGCACGGCUGCCGCAUCUCGUCGACGAGCGCGGCGCGUCCAGCCACCCCUGCACCUUCCAACCAUGUCCAUGAGCUCCACCACUACGAGACCGACGCCGCUGCUACCCAGUACGACUACGGUGUUGAUGACCCCUCUCUCUUGCCAGAGCAACUAGAUGGUGGAGCCCAGGAUCCAGACGCCACCUUCGACGACAACUGCUACUACACUGAGGGUGCCUACGACUACGUGGAGGCCGCCGACGACCAGGAGUAGUUAGGAGGCUCCCAGGCAUGAGGCCUUGCCUUUUCGAUUGAUGUUGCUUUUGUGCUAGCCUUCUUAAGGCAAAAACUUGUCUAACUUAUGUCUG